AUGAAAAACGGAACUGAGCUGGCAGUCAGUCAAAAAAUGAGAAGUCCUCUACUUGAUCUCCCAAAUGAGAUCCUUCAGAUCAUCGCAAGCCUUCUGCCUCAUGACUGUGAUGUCGUUCGAUUUGCCCUGGCGUGCAAAGAAACCAAGACUAGAAUCUUGGGUCGAGAAGGCCCCAACGCUGAAUUCUGGCGAACUCGCUUCGUGCAAAAAUACGAUGUACCCAAGGAACGAACUUCAUACGAGUUGUUGAUGGAAUAUCAGACUCGUUCAAUCGUGCUUCGCCAAGAGAUCGACUUCCAGCAAAAUAACUUUGCACAGCAGGAUCUAUGGCUCCAAGUCAUACAAACCAUGCUGUAUGAGGUAUUGAGUCUUCCUUUGCAGAUAGGAACUAUGUCGAAGACCUAUGAACGAAUUCGUGAGGCAAUUCGAUGCUCGCGAUUUCUGAGCCGACCCAAAGUAAAGAGAAGAAAAUACUCGGAACAUUUUUGCGCCAUCCAACUGUGCCUGACUGCCCUUUCUCUGGACUCAACAGUCUCUCCCGCUGGCUAUCGAACCGAUUACAAUAUCGACGUUGUAUAUUCCUACACUAUCGAGCCCAAUGGACCCUUCAUUGGACAUGAGAAUUUGAACCUCACCGGGCUUUUGCAGAUGCGCAAUUUUUGGACGAGACACCUCCUGAGCUCCGCAGAAGGGACAUUUUACAACUCGUUCUCGAACCUGGCCGAUGACCUCAAGCCCAAGGGCCGAAAGAUGGACGGAUCCAAGUCCACACACCUGAGUCACUCCUGGAUCGGCUACUAUUCUUGCCUUCACCCUAUCCCCAGUACACUCGAAGAACUGCAACGUCGGCAGACCUGUGCUGACCUCGAUACACACUGGGAUCAGGUUGAUAUUCUGUCGCUGGAGAUUGAAUCACAGUCAGACGAAGGCUACUGGCCUUCGGAAUUCGAUGUGCUCAUCCCUCGACUCGAAGGCCCUGGUAUCAAGCGCUUUUACUUUGCUGGCCACCAGAAUACGCUUGGCGCAAGCAUUGGUGCAGCCAACCCCAUGUUUGGGUUUAUGGAGCCAAUUGAGACUCACUACGGCGGGUUCCCUGGUUGGUCUCGCAUUUGCUUUGUCAUCUAUGAGAAGCUAGAAUGUCACGAACAAAUAACCGGGCUCUUGGCGUUGUCUCGAUGGGUUCACGGGUAUGAGGCUGUUGUCAUCCCUGGGGGAAGGAUUAUGCUGGGGUGGUGGAUGGAUAUGAAAAAUAUCAGUGGUCGAGGUCCGUUUAUUUUCUGGGAUGUGUGA